GGAAGACCGGUGUGUGUUUGGGAACGGACGUGGUAGGACUUCCUGUUUGGACGGUUUGAUGUGGUUGUAACUGCGUAUUACUGAAAAAAAUGGCUAACCUGAGUGCGAACGCAAGUUAAUCUUUAAUAUCCGAAAUACCAACUUCUUAUCUUUAUCGUAUCUUGUAGUUUUUGUGUGAGUGUAAAGCGGUCAGUAGGUAUGCCACUGUCGGAUCGCUCAAGCUCUGACGGCAGCGAGGAGCCUCGGAGUCCUCGGGCCCGGAGACCCAGGACUCGUUCCCGCAGCCGAAGUCGCAACCGCAACGGUAGCCGCGAACGGAGCCUGUCUCCGUAUAGCUUUGGGCCCAAACUUCCGAAGCCGCGGAACAGGGAGAGGGAACGCGAGGAGCGGGAGCGCCGAUUCAGAGAGGCGAGAAACCUUAGACGCAUUCGUAUAGGAAGCCCCCACCGGAGCCGAUCCAGAUCCCGAUCCAGAUCCAGGUCCCGGUCCCGAUCCAGAUCCAGAGAACGUCACAACAACACCAACAACAGUCACAGUCACAACCACAACCAUAACCAUAACCACUGGUCCGAGCAGCGGGAGGCUUCUGGAAAACACGGGAACUUCAAAGAUGAGUACUAUUACGAGCAGCAGAGGGAUGAUGCUCAAAGACAGAGACAAGAAGCUUUUAUUGCCAGGCGUCUGCAGGAGAGGGAGAGGAUCGGUGAAUUAGGUUGUCCGGAAGUUUGGGGAUAUUCGCCAAGAGUGAAAGAGCCAGACUCUGAUGAAUUCACACCAGUGGAAGAAGAUGAGAAGAACAGCAGUUCAGAAUCGAGCUCAGAAGAAGAGAAAAAGAAGAAGAAGAAAAAGAAGAAGAAAUCCAAGAAGAGAAAGAACAAAAAGCACUCAGAGGACAGCGAACCAGAAUCUGAUUCAGACGAAGAAGAAAUAAAGAAGAAGAAGAAGAAAAGGAAGAGCAAAAAGUCUAAGAAGUCCAAGAAGAAGAAGGCAAAGAAGAGCCGUAAGGAGUCCAGCAGCUCCAGCAGUGAAGAGUCUGAGGAGGAAGAGGAGGAGGAGGAUCCCAGUGGGGUGAUGUGGGUGGAGAAAACCUGCAUGGAUGAACACACGGUCGGCCCUGAAGCUCCUCUGACUCACAUGUCCCAGGAGGACAAACCUUUGGAUUUUGGUCAUGCACUGCUGCCAGGUGAAGGUGCUGCGAUGGCGGAGUAUGUCAAAGCAGGCAAACGUAUCCCCAGAAGAGGUGAAAUCGGUCUGACCAGUGAUGAGAUUGCAAACUUCGAAAAGUCUGGCUACGUGAUGAGUGGCAGCAGACAUCGUCGUAUGGAGGCUGUGCGUCUGAGAAAGGAAAACCAGAUCUACAGUGCCGAUGAGAAGAGAGCUCUGGCAUCCUUCAACCAGGAGGAAAGGAGGAAGAGAGAGAGCAAGAUUCUCUCUAGCUUCAGGGAGAUGGUGUACAGGAAGACCAAAGGCAAGGAGGAGAAGUGAAUGCGUCGUUUCUACAGUUUUCUGUUUUACCCUUUACUGUUUUGUUUUGUGAUUUGAGAUUGAUGAGGAUAUUAAGGUUUCUGGAAAUAUACAGUGUGCAAAGAGGAUUUCAAUAGAAGUGUGUAAAUGAGUGCAAAAUGCUCAGAUGUAUCAUAGUCUCCAUGCCGUUUACUCACAGGAACCAGUCUUUCCUUUAAUUGUUCGUUGCUAAUUUUCUCCUGUACAUUUUUACUAGUAAUUCUGGUCAGAACGGUAAAUAAAUUUUCAUUAUAAACACA